GCUUCCCGUUGGCUCAAGGGAAAGGAGGAGGCGGGGCACUUCCAACCGACACACACAAAACGGGGGGAGGUAUUAUUGGUUAUAGAAGCCGGAAGUGGCAGUUUUCAAUGCGGUGUGAGCUGUUUUCUAAGUUAACAUUUGGAGUUGAACGUCUCCAUUGCUCAAGAGCAGAAGGCUUUGUUGACUUAGAUCCAGGGAUGCAUGUGAGCAGCGGUGACCACUGCCUAUGGGUUUGCACACAUGUGUAUAGUUGUGCUUAGCUUUGGGAGAGCUUUUUGGAGAACAAUGGAGAAGAAAGUUGUUCGCAUCUGCCCUGUUUCUGAUCCAGGCACAACUUAUUUUCUUCAGAUAGUGUGGCAAAAAGAUUUGGGCGCCGGUUUUGAUGUAGUACUCAGUGAUGGCCUAUCAGCUUGGACUGGGAAAGUGCCUGAGGAAGAUAUUUCCAAGGAAGCUGCUGACAUGGAAAUGGAACGAGAGAAAUACAUUGGAGAGCUUAAAAAAGUGUUGUUAUUUGAAGGAGGACUGGCAGACAAAUACAAUUUUGAUAUUUCUAAAGGAGGAGUGGAUGGAGAGUGCCUCAAUUUUUCUUAUGAAAAGAAUCUGAAAGAUGUUUCUUUUAGACUCGGAUCGCUGAUGUUACAGAAAGUCUCAGGUCCGGCUGAAGUCAUUAGUGAGCUGAUUAGCUAUUGCCUAGACUGCAUAAAAGGGCUACAUUCAAAAAAUGAGCAUCUGCAAAAAGAGAAUGAAAGACUUCAAAGUGAUCUAGAUGAUGUGCAAGAGCAAUUACAAAAAUGUGUUGAAGCUAAAGAAGAACUAGAGAUGGAACUUUAUAAAAGAUUUAUCUUGGUCCUCAAUGAAAAGAAAGCUAAGAUAAGAAACUUACAGAAAAGUUUGAAAGAAGCUGAAGAAGCUGUCUUGGAAACAACACAAGCAAGGCAUGAGAAGGAAAUGCCUUUGUGUUUUUACAGGGACACCAUGUCUACAUCCGAAAGUAAAGUUGAAACAGAAGAUUAUGACGGAAGCACUGAUGAUGAAAGUGAAAAUUCAACGCAGCCCUCCACAUCAGCAGCAGCUAAACCCAGAAGAGACUCAUUACUUGGUAGCCCAGAUAUUAUUGAUGUUGCACCAAGUAGAAAGAGAAGGCAGCGGGCCCGAAAUGUUCCAAGGGCAGAACCAAAAGUGGCGUUAUACGAGUCCCAAACGGCAGCAAAGAAAAGAGCCGAUUCUCCUCCAAAAUCGUCAGACAAGCAGCUGUCAUCGAAAGAGAUGCCCUCAGAGUCAGAAAAAAACACUGGUGAUCCUGAAGACCUCUUUGAUGAUAUCUGACCAAUCUGGAAGAAGACUAAGACCUCACUACAUGCUGUUUAUCUCCAAUUAAUUAUUUGUCUCAAAAAGAAUAUUUUUAUCUAGAAGCGGAGGGGGGGUAUUUGUUCUUUCGGAGAACAUUUUUAAGAAUGGUUUUAUCUUUUUCUAAUAAAGUUUUUGUGUGUGAUCCCCCUAGUGGUCAUCAUUUGUCACUCAAGAUUUCGAAGCUGGGUUUGUCUACAGUUGAUUUGUGUGAGGGAAGCUGAUCUUCCCUUGGGGGUUAGGGAGAAAAAUUAACCAGACCACCAAAGUGGCAGCAAUAAAAACAGUGAGGGGAGAUUAAGACUGCAAUCCCUGCAGAAAGGUGUCUUUUAAAGUCUAUAACUUUUUCAUAGAUAGCAAAAAGAUAUUUCCCAAAUUCAAGGCUGACAAAUAUUUGUGUCAUUCUGCUAUGGAAUCCAAUGUCCUCUCUGUCUCUCCUUGGUCACCACUUUUUUAAAAAGUCCCAGGGUGAAGGCUGAUCAUCCUUAGCUCCAGUUAUGCAGUGGUCUAAGCUGCUACAUCUUGCUCAAGCCUACACCAUUGUUUCAUAUUUUUAUUGAUGCAAACCACUUUGGGACCUACUGGCAAAAGGCGGUAAACAAAAGUCUCAAAUAAUAAACAGAAGGGAGCAUAGAACAAAACCAAAUAACUUCAGCCUCCCAGUAUACCUCUCACAUGUAUCACUUCUUAUUGCGGAAGUUAUUCCAGAGGGCAAGUUUUUAUAUGACAAUGCCUUCAGGGGCAAAGAAAGUCACUUGUGAAAGAGAGCAAGAGAAGGUAGUACAGAUGAAUAGGUAGAUGUUUCUGCAGGCACUGCCAAAAAACACAGAAGAAACGGGACAUUAUUAUUUUUUUACUACAAAACAUGCUUCUGGAAAACAGUGUCCGUUUCAGCUUUAAUUGAUGCUAGUUGCUACUGGAGCAGAUGGUGCAGGUCAACUCUGGGAAGAAGAAAGAGAAAUGCCAAAAUUAGCAAGAUUAUAGUUGCUAUAUGGAACUCCCAUUUUAGCAGUCACACAUUUAUGAUUCUCAAUUCUUUUGGACCCACCGGGGUUUCUGAUCUAAGUUUGUUUUGGAUGGGCAUCUACUAACCUUUGCUCAGAGUAGACCUAUUGAAAUUGUUGGCCAUGGCUAAUUUAGAGAACAUUAAUUUCACAGAGUCUACUGAAAAUAAAAGUUAGUUGAAUACAACCCUUUGGUUUUUUUUCAGUUCGACAUUUGCUGCCACAUUUUAUAGCACUGCAAAUUCAACAAUAGUUCAGCUUGCUUAACGCAUACAGGACUAAACAAAGAAGAAGAAGAAACAAAAAAAAUUGAAAAUAGGACACUGAAUCCGUUAUGGAAAUAAGAAAUAUGGAUGAAAAAUGCUACUCUUUCUAUAAACAGUGUGCAAAGCUGAAAAGGGAUAAGAAGGAUUAGAGUGUAUGUUAUGAAAAGAUAGGUAGAUUGUAACCAGGUGCUCCCUACUGUAGAUGCUUUCCAAUGUAUAACCAUAUUUAAUUAGGAAAUAAUGGGAAAACACACUUUUACUUUUUACUCAUACUCUUUGGGCUUGUGUUGGCUGCAACUCCAUACGUUUGCCCAUCCUGGAAUCUCAAAUGGGUUGGAUCUUGAGGAAAUUAGUCAUAGAUUAUAGUUGUGACUAACUUCCUCUGCAUCCAACUCAACUUUUUCCUUGGGAUUGUAGCCAUACCUUCUUUUAAAAAAUGCUUUAUGUGUAAACAUCUGCUCAGCUAUAUACAGUUUUCAUGACUUUUUAUCAAUGCCUCUGCCGUUAAAUGCGAAAUGUACAGGGAUUAUAUGCAUCAUCUUCAAACCAUUAAAAACUAUUUUUUAUA